GAGUUUUUUCAUCUCGGUUACAUUGUUGGAGUAUUUUUUUUCAAAUGCUGGAAACUAAAACAAGAGCCCUAGACCUUAAGAAUGAAGGUAACAAAUGCCUUAAGGAAAACAAAUUCGAAGAUGCAGUAGAGAAUUAUACCAAAGCUAUUGAGUUGGAACCUACCAAUCCUGUCUUUUUUUCCAACAGAGCCCAAGCCAAUAUAAAGUUAGAAAACUAUGGUUUAGCUAUAUCUGACUGUGAUCAAGCAUUGGAACUUGACCCAGAUAUGGUUAAGGCUUACUACAGAAAGGGUGUGGCGUUGAUGGCCAUCUUCAAACACAAAGAAGCUCAACAAAAUUUCAAGGCUAUCUUAACCAGAGUGCCGAACGAUAAGUUAACGUUAGAAAACUACAAACAAUGUGGAAACUUCUUAAAAAAGCAAGCGUUUGAACGUGCCAUUGCUGGCAACGAUAAGGACUUGCUCAUAAACAGUCUAAAUUAUGAUUCCAUAUUGAUUGAAAAGCACUGGGAAGGUCCGGAGUUAAAGGUUAUGGUCGAAAAAAAUGGAAAAGAAGUGGUAGACUUGAAUAUUGAAGGGCUUAACAUCGACUACUUGAGGUAUAUGAUUAAGCUUUUCAAAGAAGGCGGCAAAAUUCCCAAGAAACAUGCUUUUGCAAUCAUCGCUAAAGUAUAUACGUUAUUGAAACGGGAGAAGAGUAUGGUUGAAAUAAGAUUGCCACAUUCACAAAUAGACACAAUGACCAGUCCUGACGAAAUUAUUCUUGCUGGUGGGAAAAAGUUAACAGUUGUUGGUGACACACAUGGACAGUUCUUUGAUGUGUUGAACUUAUUUCAAAAGUUUGGAUUCGUUUCUGAUGAGCAUGUUUAUUUGUUUAAUGGGGAUUUUGUGGAUAGAGGCUCGUGGUCUUGUGAAGUGGCCUUUUACUUAUUUGUGUUGAAAAUCUUGUAUCCUCAUUCAAUUUUCAUCAACAGAGGAAAUCAUGAAACUAACGAUAUGAACAAAACAUAUGGCUUCACUGAUGAGUGUGAGCAUAAAUACUCUCAAAAAGUAUUUGAAGCAUUUGCUGAAUCCUUUGGAGCACUUCCUUAUGCCGCUUUAAUCAAUGGAUCUUACUUGUGUAUGCAUGGAGGAUUGUUCUCCAGAGAUGAUGUCACUUUGAAAGAAAUUAAGAACUUUAACCGGUUCCCAACAUCUGGUUCUACUCAACCACCGAGGGAUGGAAUUGCCAUGGAACUUUUGUGGACCGAUCCUCAACCUGAAGUUGGUCGCUCUCAAUCCAAAAGAGGUAUUGGAAUGCAAUUUGGACCCGAUAUUACGGAGAGAUUCUGUUUAAACAAUAAGAUUAGAAAAGUGUUAAGAUCCCAUGAGGUGAGAAUGGGAGGAGUUGAAGAAGAACACAAUGGGAGACUUAUUACUGUUUUUAGUGCCCCUAACUACUGCGAUUCUACCGGUAAUUUGGGUGGUGUGGUGCACUUUGUUGAGAAUCCUAAAUAUAAUAAAGCAACGGAUCAAGAAGAUGGCUAUAAAACUGCAGACGAUCCUAACUGUCCUUGGAGCUUGCAAAUUGAAACCUUCGAUGCCGUUCCACAUCCGGAUUUAAAACCAAUGGCAUAUUCUAAAAGUGGAUUUGGUUAUUAAUUGAACUCUGUAUUUCCCUGUAUUAUUUAAAGUCACCAAAUGUAAAUUUAAUAUUUAUUUGCUCAGUUUCCCAGAGAAAAUCAAAGUGCUGAAUUUUGCCAAUUUUGCAAUUACAUGAUGAAACCCUCUUACAACCAAAAUGCCACACAUGAUGAUGAUGAUGACAAUGAUGAGCCCGACGAAUGGGAUAAGCGAAUCAUAGCAACGGGCUGUCACGACGAGAAUCUCCUGCUUCAAUUGUGCCAUGCAGAUACUGGGGAUUGGAGAAUGUGUGCAAAAGAACUCGAAGCUUUUAGGAAAUGCUGGAACAAAAAUAAUAAUGAUGAAAGAACUUCUACUGUUGAUAAUUAAUAAUCACUUUAAUAUCAGUUUGAUUACAUGUUCCUGUUACAUAGAGAAGACUUCAUCGGUUUGUAAAUAGAAAACAUCUGCUUAAAACGCAUUUUAUGUAUAUAAAAACCUGUCUUCACUUUUCGCACCUUUCUGCCCUGUUUAUAUGAACCUUUAUACAAUAAUGGAUCUGAGCGAAGACAAGCAACGAACAGCAAUUACCAUAGAGCUGCACCUUACAGACCUGAUUUCCCUUGAACUUUCUGAAGAUUCCCCGAUAGAGUCCGAGUUCCUCCAAGUACAAGAAGGUAAAACCUAUCGAUCUGAGCAAGAGUUUCAAGAAGAAAUAGAUAAGCUAAAGAUUGCUAGUAAUAAGAAGUUCCUUACUAAAUGGGAAGAGAUACUACAAAAGUACUCACAAAUUGAUGAUGAUGUGGAAAGUGAUGAAAUAGACCUUGUUACUGGGCAGAUCACCAUUGAUAAUGGCCAUUUAAGAUCUUUAAGAAACGAAACCAAAUUCAAUCAGCAUAGAAAUGUUUGGUCAGUCGAUUAUGAUGCCGAAAGAGAUAGGCAGAAAGCACAUAAACAAGAAAAGAGGCUAAAUUCUCAGAAGAAUAAAGUCAAAGAACACUUGAAGGCUCAAGAUCUAUUCAUUCUGAGUAGUUCCCACAAUUAUAGAAGUCCAAUAAGAAAGGUUUCGCCAGAUAAUAUUCUACUACUCGACCCUUCACCUACCAAGAAGCAGAAGUUAUCCCCAACUAAAACACCCCAAAAAUUGACUUUUGAUGUUGGCUCUCCUAGUGAAAGUGUUGUAUCGGACUCGGAAGACCUGCUAAUCGAGUUACAAGUCAGCAAGACUUCCACGCCAACAAAACCGGCAGCCCAUCAUCCCUUCAUUCUCAACGACAAGAAUGAUCUUAAUGAGAGCAGCGAAGAAGAUGUACAUAAUGAUGAAGGAAGUAAUAAUCAAAACAGUGAUGAAGAUUCGACAGAAGACAAUGAAACUGCUUCUGAAGAGGAUCCUUUCAUAGACAAGUCCACCAGUCUAAUCAUAAGUAAAAGAGAUCUAGCAUUCAGCAUUAGGCCCUUGCUGUUAUCUGAUGGUUCCAGUAGUGUCAUUGGGGAUAAUGAAGAUAUUUCUAGUAGCCCUGUUAACGACGAAUUUGAAGAAGAGUAUCUGAUUGUUGUAAAUCCUCAACUGUACAUCAAGACAUCCAAGAAUCAGAUAUUUACAUGUUGUUUUCAUAGCUGCUAUUACACUACCGGAAAUAAGGGGAUCUUUGAAAGACACCUACUUGAAAAACAUAGAUUCGAGUUAUAUAUUAUGGGGUAUCCAAUUUCAGAGGAAGAAAUCGAUCGAACAAGAACUCCCAAAAUAACACACCUGAUGAUCAAUUCUUUAGGUGAAACUUUCCCGUUGGUUCAUGAGGUGCCCCCUUUACCGCUUUCCCUGGAUGGUGAGAUGUUCAAAUGUGAGUUGUUCAUCAAGAAUGGCAAAAAGCAAUGUAAACGUCAAUUUUUAACAGUCAAUGAGUUGAAUUAUCACCAUGACAAUUAUCCAUUCCAAUGCUCUUAUAAGACGCAAGUUUAUGUUUGUCCUGUUCUUGGGUGUGGUUUCAUGACAGAUGAGGGUUAUUUUCAUUGGAGACAGCAUUUCAUUAUGUUAAACCAUCAUACAGCUGCAGAACCUAGAGGCACAGUAAUGGAUGAAGAAGCGCUCCAAAAGGUAUCACUUUCAAGUGGUUCAGGUAGUCAAAAAGGUAGCCAGACGUCACUCCUGGUAAAGCAAUGGGAUAUACAUCGAUUCACGAGCAUCCCUUCUUCAUUGAAGAACAAUUCGAUGGUUAUGAAGGAGAUUGAUGAUUUGUUCAACGAAGUCGAUGAUGAUGAGAACAAAAUAUCCCACGAUUUUGAAAGUAAGAAGUCAAGGGAAGUCGAAGUUAAAACUCCUCGUUUGGGCUAUGAUAACAUUGUCAAUACCACAGACACUCUCAAAAGCUAGUUUUCAACUUGUCGAGAGAUAUUAAGCGAAAUAAACCCCAUGUUCAAUAUUGUUGUAUCAAUAUUUAUGUAUUAUAGUAAUUACUACAAUUAGAAC